AAUCAUAAUUACAAUUCUGAUUUCCUUUUUUUUUCUAUAUAAGUCCCAAUUUCUGGUAACACAUGACCAAUUACAAAUCAUACAAAUUUGCUAGUGAACACCAAGCAUACACAUGAACGUGCAUAUUUGCAUAUAUAUUUGUGUAUAUAUAGGAGUUGGCUGAGUGUGUGGAUAAGUAUGUAGUUUUUUUAAAAGCGAAGACGACACCCCUUGCUUCAAAGUGAGCUAAAUUUAGAGGAGACAAUUAGACUUAUUUUAUUUCUAUGGUGACUUUUAUACUGUAAUAUUACAUUUACAAACGACUUAUGUAUUUUUGUAGGUUAUUAACCAUGAAAUUGAUCAAUCAGUAAUGGAUGAAGCCCUAGAAGUCGCAACAGAGUUCUUCAACCUCCCUAAUGAUGAAAAGAUGCGUUUAUUUUCUCAAGAUGUUCACAAACCUGUAAGGUAUGGAACAAGUCUUAACCAAGCUAGGGAUGAAGUUUACUGCUGGAGAGAUUUCAUCAAACACUACUCUUAUCCAAUAUCGGAUUGGAUUCACAUGUGGCCUUCAAAUCCAUCGAAUUACAGGGAGAAGAUGGGAAAGUACGUAAAAGCAGUGCAAGUUCUACAAAAUCAACUAUUGGAAAUCAUUUUUGAAAGCCUAGGGUUAAACCGUAGUUACCUACAUGAAGAAAUCAAUGGAGGCUCACAGACACUCGCCGUGAACUGCUACCCUGCAUGUCCACAACCUGGACUCACCUUAGGUAUCCACCCUCACUCCUAUUACGGGUCCAUAACGGUGCUGCUCCAAACCCGUUCCGGCCUAGAAAUCAAGGACAAAAACAACAACUGGGUACCUGUGCCCUUUGUUGAAGGUGCACUUGUGGUGCAGUUGGGUGACCAAAUGGAAGUUAUGAGCAAUGGACAGUACAAGAGUGUCAUUCACCGCGCAACGGUUAACGGGGAUGACAAGAGGUUUUCCAUUGUGAGCCUUCACAGUUUUGCAAUGGACAGAAAGAUGGGUCCAGCACUUGAACUUGUUAAUGACCAGCACCCCAAAUCCUACAAAGAAUUCUGCUUUAGGGAAUUUCUGGACUUCAUAUCCGGCAAUGAUAUCACAAAGGGUAGGUUUCUUGACACUUUGAAGAUGAAGAAACUCUAGAUUUAGAGGGUUUAAGGGUAUGGUUUAUAAGUUAUUAAUGAUAUGCUGUUUGUAUCUGUUAGUUUUAUAAAGUGGUCUAAGAAAAUGGGCAUC